AUUUCUUCAUCGUUCUCGUUCGACUUUCGUCGCUUGUGCAAGCUAUCAUCUCAUGUCCGGCGCCCUGUAUCGCUGAGGCAACGAUGGCGAGAAAACCGGUGGUGAUCAUUACUGGAGCAUCCAAAGGACUCGGUCUCGCGGUUACCAAAAUUUUGCUCGCGGAGUUUGGCGCAGAUGUCGUUGCCUUCUCGCGUUCAGAAUCCAAAGAACUCGUCGAGUUGCGCCGGUCUCACGGCGACUCACUCUUGGUUAUCAAAGGCGAUGUCACGGAUGCUACUGCUGUCCAUCAUGCAAUGGAGUCGGCACUCAACACAUACGGACAUAUAGACGGUCUCGUUCUGAACGCAGGAGUAUUGGCGCCGUUGGGUAGGAUAGCUGCAGACGACAUUCCGCUCGACGCAUGGCAGUCGCACUUUAACGUCAACCUCUUCUCCCUCAUCACGGCUAUCAGAGCUACGCUCCCAGCUCUGCGCAAGAGCGAGCUGGGUGGCAGGAUCGUCUUCGUUAGCUCAGGAUCGGCGGUGAAGGGGACUCCGACAAUGGGACCAUACAAUGCGAGUAAGGCUGCGAUGAAUAGUCUAUGCAGGACCUUGGCGGAAGAAGAACCAGAGGUAAUAUCUGUAGCCAUGCGCCCUGGCACCGUCGAUACGCAGAUGCAAACACAGUUACGCAGUGACGCCGCCCUUACAGACAAGGUCAGGCAAUCGUUCUCGGAUCUGUACAUUGGCAGAAGACUUCUCAAACCGGAAGAUCCUGGAUACGUUAUUGCAUCGCUCGCUCUCAAGACUCCAAAGUCUUUGAGUGGACAGUUCAUCAGUUGGGAUGCCGACGUAUGCGCGAAUUUCCGGCGCCCGACGUAGAGGCGAAUACUGAGGCAUGGACGUUGUACGUUUGAGAACAUAUCAAACCAAUGUAGAAUGUGUUAUAGUGCAAGUGAACUGGCCGACGCGACCUGCCUGUUG